GGAGAGAUGGAAAAAUAUAGAAUUGGAGAGUUGAGACAUAUGCUCACGACGGUGUUCUUGUCCGGAUUUGCUGGUUUCUUGGUGAGGCCGGUGAUGACUGACGUCACCGUCGCCGCCGUUUGCUCCGGCAUAAAUGGUUCAUGUUCUCUCGCCGUUUACCUCACCGGAGUGCAACAAGUGGCAGUAGGACUAGGGACAAUGGUAAUGAUGCCAGUGAUUGGGAAUCUAUCAGACAAAUAUGGAAUCAAAGCAUUGCUCACUAUCCCUAUGUGCCUCUCUAUUCUCCCUCCAGCAAUAUUAGGUUAUAGAAGAGAUACAAAUUUCUUCUACGCAUUUUAUAUAACCAAGACUCUGUUUGAUAUGGUCUGCCAAGGCACUGUUGACUGUCUCGCUCAUGCUUAUGUGGCCAAAAACGUUCAGGGAAAGAAAAGAAUAUCAAUGUUUGGAGUUUUUGCCGGUGUCAAAACAAUUUCUGGAGUUUUUGCAACAUUUGCAGCUCGUUUUCUACCUAUAGCUUCGAUUUUUCAGGUGGCAGCUAUAUCAUUAUUCAUUGGUCUGGUGUACAUGAGAGUUUUCCUCAAAGAGAGAUUACACGAUGAAGAUAACGGCAAUUCUGAUUAUGGUGGUAAUCUAAGAGACGCACAAACUAAGAAACAUGUCUUCAACACUAACUAUUCCUCUUUGAAAGAUAUGGUCAGCUUGAUAAGAAAUAGCACCAUACUUGUUCAAACAUUGGUUGUUACAUUCUUCGUCACCUUAUCUCGAAGUGGAAUGGUGUCUGCUUUUAUGUAUUUUAUGAAAGCUCGAUUUGGGUUCAACAAAAAUGAUUUUGCUGAGCUCUUUCUACUAGAUAACAUCAUUGGCUCCACCUCCCAGCUGUUUAUAUUGCCGAUACUAGUAUCUGGCAUUGGAGAACGUUGGGUGAUAUCAACAGGACUGCUUAUGGAAUUUUUAAAUGCAGCUUGUCUAAGUGUUGCGUGGUCAGCAUGGGUUCCUUAUGCCACGACCUUGCUUGUACCCGGAGCCAUGUUUGUCAUGCCAUCUGUUUGUGGUAUUGCCUCAAGACAAGUUGGAUCCAAUGAACAGGGGAAGGUCCAAGGAUGCAUAGCUGGGGUACAGUCCCUGGCUAGAGUCUUAGCUCCAUGUGUAUUUAGUCCUUUAACAGCAUUGUUUCUCUCUGAAAAUGCACCGUUCUAUUUUCCUGGAUUCAGCCUUCUAUGUAUCGCCUUCUCCUUGAUGAUUGGAUUCCUUCAGAGUCUUCUAUUAAAAGAUCUUCCUUCUCCAGUAGUGAAUAAAACAAUCAACAACACAGCAGAAGCGGAAGUUUCACAAGAGAUACCUCAUAAAGCAAAGGCAACUUGAAUCUUGUACAAGUUUGCUUCAGAAGAUCAUUUGUUAAUCUUUCAUUUUAUUUUCCUUGAAUAAAAGAUUAUAGUUGGGUAGUUGGUGGCUACGUAUAAACUGGUUACAUCAACAUAUAUAUGUUGUUGUUUGUUUUGUACUCGCUACGAUUUGGGCUGAUUUAAAUGUGUUCAGUAGUGGCUGUUCAAAUUUUUGA